AUGCCCGUUCUCAGAUCGACCUCAACAGAUACACGGAGUACACUAUCUACUUUUCAAAAGCAAUUCGAGCCUGCCAGACAGACCAAAGUCCGCGGCACAGGCGGCCAUGCGGCAACCAUGGGAAACUCUCAAAGCGCGCACAAAAUCUCGGCGCAGGACAGGGCUAUCCUGGAUAUGAAAAACCAGCGGGACAAACUGCGGCAGUACCAAAAGCGAAUCACCGUCAUCACGACCCGCGAGACCGAGAUCGCAAAGGAGUGCCUGGCCAAGGGCGACAAGGCCAGGGCGCUCCUGGCCCUGCGGCGGAAGAAAUACCAAGAGUCGCUGCUCUCCAAGACGGACGCGCAGCUGGAGCAGCUGGAGAAGCUGACCAGCAGCGUCGAGUUCGCGCUGGUGCAGAAAGACGUGCUCUUCGGGCUGCAGCAGGGCACGCAGGUGCUGAACAUGAUCCACAAGGAGAUGGGCGGGCUGGAGGGCGUGGAGAAGAUGAUGGGCGAGACCGAGGAGGCCCGGCGCUAUCAGCAGGAGAUCAGCGAGGCGUUGGCGGGCCAAAUGUCCAACGAGGACGAGGACGAGGUCGAGGAUGAACUCGAGGCCCUGGAGAGAGAGGUCGUCGGGCUCCCCGACGCGCCCAACAAGACGAUCCUGGGCGAGGGCACUCUCCCGGAAGUGCCCAAGACGGAGCUGGAGCUGGAACAGGAGCGCAUACAAAAGCAAAAGGAAAGGGCGCGGCAGAGACGAGUCGCCUUGGAGGCUUGAUGAUUCAGAAACACACUUUGAUGAUUGCGGUUAAUGGUAGUACACUUAUGAUGCAUUUUAGCGUCUAUUACGAAAUGCUUUUGGGAUCCCUGGAGUGCUUUUGAAGCCUCGCCGAUGCUCUCACUGACCCGGCAUGGACUGGUUGGUGUUGAUCAACCCCUGAAUCAACUUAUGAUCUUGGGGAUUUGCC